CUGUCGGGGCCCUAUCGCCGAUCCAUCGGCGGCGUAUCGCCGAUUCCAGGUCGAUGCAUCCCCCCUUGUGCCAGUCCCCCCCCGAUCGUCGCCCCUCCAUCGCCCGGCGUCGGAGGCGCUCCUCUGCGCUUUUUUCGGUUCAGGAUGGCUUCAGCGUGCCCGGCGGGCCUCCGGCUGCCCCGCAGGCAGUCCCCCGCGCGGCAGCCGGGUCUCCGCUCGGCCCUCGGCUGGCUCGAUUUUGCACAUCGGAGCGCAUGCGAGCGGAGGCCGAAGACGAUGGAUGCGGCCGCGGAGCAGAGGCCGAUCAGGACAGCGGGCUCCUCGGCCCCGCGGCCGCGGGCGCCGGGAGGCCGCGCGGCCGCCGCGCCGCGCUCGCGGCGGGCCUCGCCGCGGCCGCGCUCCUCGUCGCGGCCUGGCGCGCUCCGGCACGGGGCGGGGGGUCCGCGUGGCGCCCGCGCGGGGCCGUGAGCCUUACAGAGGGGGGCAUCAUCAAUGUGGAUGUUGUGCUAUCGAACCUUCCGUACGACAACCUUUCAGCAGAUGCUCUUGCAAAGAAUGCAGUGGAAGACAGUGUGUCUAAAAUGUUUAAGGGCGCAUUGCCGUAUUGCCAAGUGGAUUCUGAGAUCAUGGCUCAUCAAAGUGAUGCGGACGCUACCGUGGUGCAGGUGACUCUGGCGGCGCCUCGUGACAAGACGGGCGACGACGUGGCCAGCUUCGUGGGGAGCGAUGCGCAGAGGGAGAGGCUGACGUUGCUGCUGGCAGAUGCCUUGGGCCACAUGCCGAGUAUCGGCCACAUCUCCACAGGGGAGGUGGCGGUCAUCUCUGUCAGCGAGGGCGCGCAGGAUGGAGACUUACAGUACACGGUUGCAGACGUCGCAGCAGGAUCGAGCACUGUGCCUAUGGGGCGGACGACUCUCAAGAAGGGAGAUGUGAUUGCCCUCAACACCGAGAACGGUGAAGGGCCUGAGCAGCAGGUGACGAUCGUCUCUGUCAGCGAAGGCACGCUUGAAGUCCAGCCCGAGCUGGUCAGUGCGUAUCCGUCUGGGUCUUUGGUCAUCAAGAUUCCGCCAGAGAUGCAGACUGCACAGGCCAAUAGCGAAUGGGGGCUCAGAAGUGGAAGCAAAAGGCAGAAUGCCAGGAACCACAGGUUGGUUCUCCCCACUCCCACCUCGGCAUCUACGAGUGCCAUUCGUGAAGCCUGACCACCCCUCCCUCACCCUUCUGCUAUCCCCGGUCACCUUUCCCCCACCCCACCCCCACCACUGCUUGCGGACCGCAUUUUUCUUGGAUCUCCACUAAGGCGCAGACACUCCUUACUACGACGCAGCUGGUAGUGGGCGUCGUGGCCAGCCUCGCCACAAUCAUCCUGUGCGCCGUCAUGAUUUGUUUCUGUGUUCAGGCGCGUGGAAAAUCAGCGCCAGAUGUCGGGGACGAGUCGCCGCAGCUUCAAGUGAUGGGGGAUCCUGCGCGCAAAGACUUGAUCUGUUUGGUAUUUAAGAGAUUCGAUUCCGAUUGCGAUGCAAGAUUGAACGAGGACGAAUUGCAGGUCUUUGCUAAGGUUUGUUGCAAUUUUAGUGGGGACGCCGAAGAUUGGGCGGCGAGAUACCCAGCGUUGUGCGAAAAGUUCGACGUGCAGCCAGAGCGUGGGUUCAACCUUGACGGGUUUGAGAUGUUGGUCGAUGGCCAGGUGGCAGACCCAGAUAAAGUUACUUCGUCAAUGUAUUGUUCUGACGACACACUCAUGUGGGUGCUCAGGACAGAUGGUGUCUUCCCGCCUGAGUGGGCUGAUGCAUCCGACCCCCGUCACGGCAUCUGGGUAUGAUGUCUCCCAUGCCACAUAUGUACCAUUUCUAUGGUUGCCCGCAUCUCGGGAGUUUCAGUUAGAACAGUGUAACACAAAGUGUCAGCAGAUGCUCCCCAUGGACUCAGUGUCGAGGCUUUCUAUGGGUAGCGACGGCAGGCGUUGUUGCACGCAGGCGAGUGUACGUGAUGAAUCUACGUCGACGGAAUUGUCUGCAAACCUCGUGGUGGCAGGUCUGCCUCUUCCCUACCAGAUGCCCGACCCCACCACCUGAGUUGUCGCGGGCCGCGUGUGGCUUCUGUAUUUUUCAUUGUCAUUGUCACUGCGACCGUUCACGACAAAGGGUAUGGACAGUGGGCG